AUGGUUCGGUCAAGCAACCUGAUUCCUUGGCAGCAGCGGGGGGUCUUCUUCGGGAUAACUCAGGUAGAUGUCUGGGAGCGUUUGCAUCCAAUCUAG